AUGGCGUCGAAUUACUGGGAGUCAACCCAGCGGAAGUUCUGGACCUUCACCAAGCAGCAGUUGGCACUGGAGCGCAAGAUGAUGGAAGAAUCGGAACGAAAUCUCGUCAGCCUGUACCCUUUACCAGACAGACGGCACUUGAGUAUCUACUUCUAUCACCAGUUAUCGAAGAUGGCCAGACCACUGGGCAUUCGACAACAGGCACUGGCUUCAGCUCAAGUCUACGUCCGGCGUUUCUACACAAAGGUCGAGAUCCGCAGGUCGAACCCGGCGCUCGUCCUUGCAACGGCUCUGUAUCUAGCCUGCAAGAUGGAAGAGUGUCCCCAGCACAUCAGGAUGGUGCUGGCAGAAGCUCGGCAUUGCUGGGACACAUCCUUCAACGACAUCUCCAAGAUCGGCGAAUGCGAGUUCAGUCUGAUCUCGGAGAUGAACUCGCAGCUCAUCCUGCACCACCCGUACCGCAGCCUCAACGAACUACAGACGCAGUUCCAGCUCACACAGGAGGAAAACGCCCUUGCGUGGUCCAUCAUCAACGAUCACUACCUCACCGACUUACCACUACUGCACGCACCUCACGUCAUCGCCAUUACAGCCAUGACUCUCGCCAUUGUGCUCAAGCCCACGCAAGGCGGGCUGCAGAUGAGCGCCGCAGGGACGGCAAGCGCGCUCCAGGCCCUGGGUAAUGCGAGGGGUGGUGGUGGAGCCGGCGCGCAGGGCAGGGUGCAGAAGCUGAUAGACUGGUUGGCGGAGAGCAACGUGGACAUUGACGCUGUGGUGGAGACGACGCAGGAACUGAUCAGUCUGUACGAGGUGUGGGAGAGCUACACAGACAAGACGUGCAAAGAUCAGAUUGCAAAGUUUGUCAAGGCAAGGGGGCUGGACAAGUGA